CUUGUGGUCACGUGACUAAGAGGAAUCUGACCCUGCGGAACAGAGCCUUCCCAGGGAAGAGGAAUUCACUCGCCUCAAACCCGGAGCUGCAAGAUGUCGCAGCUUUUCAUGCUCACGCUCCUGUUACCAUGGAUCCCAGCCAUCCUCUGCAAAGUAACCACAGUGAAGGAGUUUGCAGUCUUGGAGGGUGAAUCCAUCACAGUCCCGUGUCAUUACGAGCCUCAGUACGCCAGCAAUGUGAAAUACUGGUGUCAAGGGAGCACCAGGGAAUUCUGCUCCAGCUUAGCACGAACUGACAGCCCCCGUUUGAUCAAUUCGACCAAGAACAAAGUGAGCAUCUUUGAUGACCCCGUCCAGCAGGUGUUCACAGUGACCAUGAGCAACGUGAAGGCGGGGGAUGCGGGCUGGUACAUGUGUGGUGUGGAGAUAGGUGGAAUGUGGAACGCAGAUGAUGCCACUUUCACCCACAUCAAGGUCACUCAGGGUAUGUCAAUCGUGAACAGCAGAGUGAGUGGAGAGGAGGGAAGUAGUGUCACAGUUGAAUGCCUCUACAGUGAAGGACACAGAAAAAGUGAGAAGAAGUGGUGUCGCAGUGGUGACUUGAGCUCCUGUAAGGUGACUGGUUCUGAGGGGAGCUAUGAAGACACUUCAUUGACCAUCAGCGAUGACAGAAAUAAGGCUUUCACCGUAACCUUAAAGGAUCUGCACAUGAGAGAUACUGGCUGGUACUGGUGCUCUGCAGGGCAGGACAAAAUACCUGUGAAUGUGUUGGUCACACCACGACGAACUACCAGUUCAGUGCCUGUGACAUCCGCAACUACAGUGACUCAGUCCAUUGUGUACCUGCUUACACCCAAAUCCAUCAUUCAGCAGACCUGGAACAGUCACAGUCACAUGCUGGAGGCUAUGGUGGUGUGUUCAUCUCUUGUGCUCCUCACGGGCUUGACUAUAUUAGCAAGAAAGCUUUGGAAACUGCACAAUAAGGAUCCCAUGCUGAGACAGGUUAAACUUAUGAAAGAGCAUUCAGAGGACGUGGGUUCUACUGUUGUUUUCGUUAACAGGGAUUCCCAAGUUGUGUUCUGAUAUAAGUCUCUCCAGUGGACGUUGUCAGUGAAUGUAAAUUUUUUUGUUCAUUUACUGCACAGAAUAUGCAUUGUAUUUCCAUUAUCUCAUUACAAAUCAUACCAUUUCUCAAGAGAACUGUGUUUUGCUUUGCUACUUUCCGUAUACAAACGGCAGAGUCAGCGGAGCUCAUGAGAUAGGGCUGCUGUAAGAUGAAUAUGGCACAUUGCAGUUAGACUCAAUAAAUUGGCUGUAAGAAAUUA